AUGGCGAAUGAGAAGCCUCUGAGGAAAAUAUCGCAGGCAUUCAAAGAGCUCGAGGCAGCCGUAAACUCCCAAACAGCGGAAAUCGAGGUCGCGCCGUUCUCCAGCGCGUGCUCUCUGGUGUCGCCUCUGUUCGGAUGCUUGGGCAUCGCCUUCAAGUUCGCCGAGAUAGACUACGUCGCCAAGGUCCAUGAUCUCGCGGAGGCAUCGAAGUCAAUCUCGACCUUACCGGUUUUGCUCGACCGCGAUAUCGAAGGGGAUUCCGUGAGAAAAGCCGGUAGUCAUUCGAGGAAUUUGCUGAGAGUUAAACGUGGGCUCGACAUGGUUAGGGUACUCUUCGAGCAAAUUAUAGUCACCAAGGGAAAUUCCUUGAAGGAUGCUGCUUCCAAGGCUUAUGCACAGGUGUUUGCUCCCCACCAUGGGUGGGUCAUCCGGAAAGCUGUUGCUGCAGGGAUGUAUGCACUUCCUACUAAAGAACAACUAUUACAUAAACUCAAUGAAGAUGUUAUAAGUGACCAGUUGUAUGAACUCCACAUUGCUUUCACUUUGUUUAUUUCAGAGAACUCAGCAAGCGUUCAAAUGCAGAAUUACAUUGCUGCUUCGACUCCUCUAAUUCUGUACAUCGACAAACUCUUCCAUUCAAGGAAAUUGGGUGUAGAUUGGUAA